GCUAGGCUAGUGCUACAAGUGGAUUGGCUGACGACAUGACUACGCUACAGGCCGACACCAUCUUCCUAUUUUCCUAAAACCAAGAACCCGUUAAAGGCAGUAGAUCAAGGAAGUUCGUAUGAAUAUCUAGGCGGUUCAGUUGUAACAGGAAAGAUGACAGUGAAAUUGCCGUCAGCUAUCCUCCAUCUAAGCCCAACGAAGACUGAAAGACGCGGGGUCUUCAGAGUAAUGACGACAGAUGUUUCUAUGGUUAUUCAGAGAGCGUAAACUCAGUAUGAAGAUGAUGGAAAGAGAACAAUAUACCCAACAAUGUGGUCUCGUGGCUUGUGUAAUGCACAUUUUCAAGGGUUGGUGGCUCCCGGAUAGUGCACACAAGGUGAGGCUCACUGUGGUGAAUAACAUGCUCAGAAGCAAAUGCCGUUGUUUCAUCGCUCACCUUCCUCAUCAAGCAGGGCAAGCGCAUGGACGAAAGCCCGAUGUGAAGGUGAAUUCUAACUCACCAGUCUGACCAACAGCUCCGCUUCCCUUCUUCUCUCGGCUUUCUCUGUUGCCACGCAACCUUGAGACUCAUGGUUCUUUGCGAGCAUGCAGCUGACACCGAAAAAUUCGAGUCCAAGACCAACGUAAG